UAUUUAUUGCCACGAAGAGUUGAAGCAGGUCUUGGCCGAGGAAAUACUAAUGGUAUAACCAACGAAAUAAGAGGAAUGAAUGGCAUUUUAAGGCGAUAUUUAAAACAAAAUGAGGAUGGUGGUUUUCAUUUACUUAUACAAACUUUGGAGACGUUCACACGAGGUCAGUAUAUGCGUCUUGGUGAAGCAAUUUUCGGGUUUCUUGGCGAAUUUGAUUUAGCACCGGACUUCAAGCACUUAUGGAUGGAUGAGCGUACUUGGAAAAGUUUAUCUGUCGCUGAUAAAAAGGCAGCCUUAUUUUCAAUAGGAAUAAUCGAAGAUGAUCUUGAGCCUGCAUCUAUUAUACCUUUGCAAAAUGAAUUGCCGGUAUCUUUACAAUCUAUUUACACUCUUCAUGAAUGGAGGAAAAUGAUGAAAUAUGCUAGAGCCUUAGUGGAUCACAAUGAAAUUAAGCGAUUCGAUGAGGAAACAUUCGCAGUUCGCGAUGCUUCCAUUGUGUAA